AUGACAACCUUAUCGCAGCCUGCCCAUGGGCCAGUUCAGACAAGCGCAGUUGUGGUGCUCGGAGCUUCUUCUUGUCCUGCCAUGCCUCCCCCCUCUCCUCCCACACCUUCCUCAUCGCCUCCGGGGGAUGCUUUUUGUGAACCCAUUGACCCGUUGACUCUGGACAGAGAGCUUCGAGGGGAGUCGCAAGCAAAGGAUCAACGUCUUCGAGAUGGGAUUCAUGUGCUCAACACAGAAGCAAUAGCUUUAAGAAAUCUUUCGCGACUCUAUGAAACAGAUGCUGUGGCCCGUGAUGGCUUCAACCAGACAGUACAAGCUAUAAUACGACAGCAGUCGACAAACGGAAAACUCGUUGUCAUUGGCGUGGGAAAAUCUGGACACAUUGGGCAGAAACUUGUGGCUACAUUCAAGAGCCUUGCUAUUCAUGCUGUCUUCCUUCAUCCUACAGAAGCCUUGCAUGGUGAUCUAGGCAUCGUUGGGUCUAACGACACCCUCAUGUUCAUCACAUAUUCGGGCAAGACACAGGAACUACUUCUCAUGCUGCCUCAUCUUGAUGAGUUUCUCCCAACUAUACUUCUUACAUCACACACAUCGCCUGGUACUUGCGAGUUUAUCAAGCACCGACCAAACACCAUUCUACUUCCUGCUCCGAUCCCAGAGCCUGAGAAGACAUCGUUUGGUGUUUCUGCCCCCACUACAUCAACAACAGUUGCACUGGCCAUCGGCGAUGCAAUCGCAAUUACGGCUGCCAAAGAAAUAAACGCAAGCAUUGCAUCUGUUUUCGCAAAGAAUCACCCGGGCGGUGCCAUCGGUGCCGCAGCUCGACAACCCCGAACUAUCAAGGAUAUAGCCAUCAGCUGGUACGAUAUUCCAGCAGAAGAGACAGCAGAAGCUAUUUUAGGGUUUGACCUGCUUCGUGCAGGUCUGGACUCGACGACAGGUUGGGUUAAAGUGCAAGACCAAGUGGCCUCUCCCAGCACGAUACGUGGGAUUGGCAGACAUGAGUUGAACAAAGGUUUAGAAGAAAUCCCAGGCUCUCUGAUAUCCAGAAGCACUAUGAUUUCACUCUCUUCGGACACUACGAUUCGUCAAGCGCAAGAUAUAUUGAACAAUAUGCAGUUGUCGCCGGACGACGAAGAUUUAAGAUGCGGACGGGAGGCUGUUGUGGCUGUGCUGGAAAAGGGGGACCUGGUAGGCGUUCUGGAAGUUGGCAGCAUUAUGGAUUUCAGAACUGAGGGACCUCUAUCGAGGUAA